AUGCUACUUCGGUUUACCCUUGAUCUAGCCACUGAGUUUUUCUUUGGCACUACCGUACACUCCCAACGCUACUCUAGUCAAGCACCUGGCCCAGACAACGAUGGAAUGUUCCCAUGGAAAGGUCUAGGCGAAGAUUUCGACGCUGCAACAAAGCACGUUCAAAACCGCUUUCGCCUCCUGAAGUUCUAUUGGCUGCAUAAUCCAAAGAGCUUUCGGGAAAACAUAAAGCAAGUGCACCGAUUUGCAGACUUCUGUAUUCGGGAUGCUAUACAGAGAGCAAACCAGCGGAAUCCGAUUGAAAUGAGAAGUCAGUCACUAAACAUUCUUUUUGCGGGUCGUGACACAACUGCAAGUCUGGUGAGCUGGUCAUUCUGGCUACUAGCGAAGCAUCCCAGUAUCUACAAUGAGCUACGAGGCCAUGUUCUGAAACACUUUGGGCCGUAUGAAGAAACGAAUCGAAUUACAUUUGCAACACUGAAGUCAUGUGAAUACCUCCAGUAUGUUAUGAAAGAGGUGCUUCAGCUUUAUCCUCCCACCCCGAUCAACAGCCGGACAGCGAUUAGAGACACGACCCUGCCUCUUGGAGGAGGGCCGGACGGAAAGUCCCCUAUUGUUGUCAGGAAGGGUCAGACAGUUAUCUACUAUAUCCAUAUAACGCAGAGUCUAAACGACUUCUGGGGUCCAGAUGCUGAUACGUUUGAUCCAAGUCGCUGGGCCCACUAUAAAUACAACGGCGCAUACCUCCCUUUCAACGCUGGGCCUCGCAUAUGCCUCGGGCAGCAAUUUGCACUGACCCAAGCAGGCUAUAUUCUCACCCGUAUGGUUCAGAAAUUUGAUCAAGCAAAGCUGGCGGAUCCUGAUAUGGUGCCAACCCAUAAACUUGGCGCAACUGAUGCACCAAGUGAUUAUAUGAUAUACUUCCACCAGGCUCCGACAGGUGAUAACUGA